GAUUGGGGCUGCGGGGGGGUCUUUGCAGCCGCCACCAAGGCGGCCAUGCUCCGGGCACUUCUUGGAGCCGUGGCCGUGGCCGUGGUGGCCGGGGCCCAGGCGGCGAAAGGAUCUCCUCUGAUUCAGGCUCUAGAGAGCGCUCCGGCGGAGGAUGAAGCCCGAUCCAUUCUCGAGCCUCAUUUGCAGGACAUGAAAUCCAUGGAAAAAGAGGCGGUUGAGCUGGUCGUGAUGCGACAGUGGUGGGCGUUGGCCAGAGAAAUCGUGUCCAAGUCCCAUGAGCAAAAGGUGGAUCUCUCCUUCUCGGUUAGAAAAGCUGUCCGAAGUCUGAAGGACGAGGCAGAUGAGCUCCUGCGGACGUUGAAUCCCAACUAUGGCAUGGCUCAGCAGGUGUCACCGGCCUUUCAGUGGGCUCAGAAUGACACCUCCAUUUUCUUGACCAUUAAGUACACGGUACGAUGGAAUGCACCAGGGGCUUUGGAGGUCACGGAUCCGUCGGUGAACAUGACCGGGAACGUCUUCAACUUCUCCGGCCUUGGCAAGCAUUCCAACAACAAGUACAAAUAUUUCCUUUCCAUCAACCUCUUUGACAACAUCGAGGCCCAACUUUCGAGUUGGAGUGCUGCAUCGGUUGGUAAACUCAGUGUGACACUUCGCAAACGAUGGGCGAGGAAAUGGCCGAGACUUCUCGGCGAUAAGAAGACCAAGGUGAAUAACAUGCACCUGUGGAUGGAGAUGCAGGAGAAGUUGGACGGAAGUCUCAGUGGCUUCAGCAGCGUGUCCAAUUCGCCAGUGACCUGCGCGGCAGGUGGCAAGCUGUACUGCGUCGCCACCGACACCUGCAAGAAGUCGGAAAAUUGUUCUCAAUGCCCUGGCAAGACUGAAGCCAACGAGGAGGCUCACCUCUGUGCAGGCAAACCCUCCGAAAAGGCAUCCUUGAGCUUUCAGGAUGCCGAUAUGGAUGAGCACCAGCUGAGUGGUGAAGUGAAGAUCCACAAGGCUCGAAAUGACUUUGACGUGGACACUUAUGCCGUCUAUUGGGGCAAGAGCGACUUUGCCAAGCUGGAGACUUCGCAGGGGGAAGAAAUGCUGCUUGGAGAGGUCAGUGCUCUCAGCAAUGAUCUAGACCUGCAAAUCCCGCAGAAUAGCCCAAUUCCAGAGGGUGCCACACACCUUCUCGUCUUCUCCCGAAAUGAGUACGGCGAGUACUCUUCACCGGGAUCCUUGUUGCUCAGAGACGCGGCUUUGCCAAAGGCGAAGCCAAGUGGCCUCAGCUUCGAAGACGAGGAUGGCGGGAAAGACUUGGUGAAGGGCCGCAUUACUAUUCUUAGAGCAGCAGAUGAAGAGAAGAUCUCCGAGUAUUCGCUGCAUUGGGGUCGUUCUCCGACCAGGAAGACGACUCAAAACUCCUUCAUUAGCACUGUGAAAAAAGAGGAAGGCAAAGACGUGUCGUAUUGGCUCUCCUCCCAGAAGCCGCCAGAUGGUGCCACGCAUCUUCUGGCCUUUUCCAAGAAUGACUUUGGAGAGCUCCCCUCGCCGGUGAGCUUUCAGGUGGUGGACAAGACCAAGCCAUGCGUUUCGCGUGGUGAGGACAGUUGUCCCCAAGGAGUGCAGGUCACUGUAGAUGAGAACCCUGAGCCAAAGCAGGCCAAGGUCAAGGUGACCGUGACUCCCGCAAAAUCAGAGGAGAAAAUCGAGAAAUAUAGGAUCUUCUGGGGCAAAAAGUCCUGUGGCGACGAUGUCUCGAGCAGCUCUAAGAAUGGCCACAUCAGAGAUGUGCGAAAAGAAGAGCCACUAGAGGUAGAGCUUGCUGGUCCUGUUCCUGAAGGUAGCGGCCACAUUUUGGUCUUUUCCAGUUCGCCCAACCUUGGCGAAUCAGAUUUUUGCGUGUCAGCCCCUUUUCAGGACGACCAGUCAGCACCAAAAGCAGAGAAGGAACUCUAAAGG